CCAGGUCUUUUUUGUUCAAGGCGUUCCGUCCAUUUCCUCCCAUGGCGUGGCCAUGGACACAUCCGGCAACUGGUGUGUUCUUGCUGCACAUCCUGCCUGUCUUGUGCUUCGAGUGGAGGAUGACCUGGGAACCGAAAGGGCUCUCUGGUUGCUUAGAUGAUCCCUACUACUUUGAUGUCUUCUUUCUAUACUUGGGCCGGGGCACGUGCAGGUUGAACGAAGGAGACACCACAGGCAACGGUGGCGGCACAACCAGCAGGCAUGACCCUCAGCUGACCCUUGAAGCAUGCUUGGACGUUUGCUUCUCCAUCGACUACUGUACUGGCGUGGAAUUUCAAGACAAGCAUCAGAGGUGUGAAGUUUGGAACAGGAGCAUCGGCUUCGUCCGGGGCUCCUCCUCAUUUGCCUGUGUUGGACAGAAGGAGGUGGAUUGCAGCUAUUUUGCUGGCAAGAAUUGCACUGCAGAAAUCUACGACCGGAACGCAUCGGAGAAGCUCGAACGAUUGCAUUCUGCGUGCCCAAAUGCUUGCACGGAAGUGCAACCUGUUUGUCCAUCAGAUUUCUCCUUUAUGGCCACCCAGAUUGGCGGCUUAUACCUCACCUCUGGCGGUGCAGGACAGACGCAAAAUAUGGCUGGGGAACAGUACGAGAGUGGCUACAACAUGUUCUUUGAAGUGAACGGGCAAGCCAGUGCUGUCAGAGGACAGCUGUCAGUGACUGCCUUGUCUGUGGAUGGCACCCUUCAGGAUAUAUCUGGCCGGGCCUCGUUUCUCUCCAGCAGGAUCGGCACGAAGUUGAUGCUCGGGCCUUGGGGCGACGACACCUUCGAAGCGGUGGCUGCAGUGGCGGAUGCCGAUCAGGUGGUGCUCAUGGGGCCCUUGAGCAAGGUGAACGCCAGCGUCGCCCAUCGCAGCACCGUCUUCUCCAUGACACGUCCCUACUCUGAGAUGCUACUGGCGCCCUUUGAACUCAUCGCGCAACAAGGCGCUGCCACAGUGAGCGUCAUCACCCCGAGCUGGGCUCGCGCACAAGCGGAGUUCCUGGUGUCCAAUUUCAAGACUUGUGAAACCGUUCCGCAGACUGCUGGCAUCACUGGGCUGGUCUUUCUUCGCAGCGAAAUCUUGGAGAACUUGACCACGGCGCACGUGGCCGACGUCAUGGACCACCUUCUGACUCCGCGACCCGAUGUGAUUGUGUGCUGCGAAUCCUCUGUGACUUGUGCGACGGCAGUUUUGAACACUACUUAUCACAAGGACUACGACGCGAAAGCGUUCAUCAUUUUCGACGAUGACCUUUUGACCGGUCCUUUGAAUUUUGCUGCUGCAAACUUGGUGAACAACAAUGACGUGAAUACCUUUUUGCUCGAGCAGCUGCAGAUCAUGGGUACCGUCCAGACUCAGGCCGCCCUGGAUCUUUGGAAGUUCCCUACGUAUUUGAACAUGGCUGGAUAUUCCUCUGAUUGGUCUUCGGAGACGAUGGAGCUGCUCAAGGAUUGUCUUGUGGUGUCUGACUGGGACCGGAGCACUCCAGGUGCUGCAGCCUUCAUGUACCUCCAAUACUACUUGGUGCGGACCCAUGCGCGUCCAGAGUCCGCCGCCGCGUCCGCAGCCGCCGCCAUUCUCUUGAAGGCAGUCCAAGAGGCCAACUCCACCAACCCUCAGGCCGUUGCAGAAGCGCUGGCGAGCUUGCAGGUGUUGGAUCCAGUGCUGGGCGAGGUAGUCUUUGAUGCGACAGGCCAUCGGGUUCAACUUACAUCGACCAUGCAGCUGGGAACCACCUUUCAUUGGCUGCCAGGAGUAUACGGACUCCGCUUUGCCAUGAAAUACCUCACUCCAGCAGCUCCUGUUGGAGUGGCACGACGGCGAGAGCCACUGGCCUAUCCCAAGAUGAGCUGGCGAAUGAGCACCUGCUACAACCAGUUCUUGCCUGCUGCAGACGGCCUGGCGUAUGGCCUCUCCCGGAACAACGAGACCGGGCGCGAUGAGUGCGUGCCCUGCUCCGAGUUCUCCAGCUCCACCUGGGAUUCAAGAGCCCACAGGCGGAUUUGUCUCAUUUGCCCUCCUGGCACCGAGAGUUGGCAAGGGAACUGCAGGCCUUGCCAGGCGGGGUACUUCAGUGAGCAGCCGGGGUCUUCAUCUUGCUCGCCCUGCAGUGCCGGGUUCUUUCAAAGUCAACAAGGACAAAACAGCUGCCUUCCAUGCCCAGCUGGCACUUUCAGUGCUGGCAGCGGCUCGCACCGCUGCACGCCGUGCUCCGAAACCUUUGAUGUCCUCAAUGACGAACUGGCACGCUGGGCACCAGAAGGAAGUGUUUCUUGCAUCAACUGCCCUUUUGGAGCCGAGUGCCAGCCUGACAACAAUGGAUUGUACACGAACUUCACCAACGCUGAAGGGUACUACAUCUUCCCAGAUGCCAACCUGUCCCAGCAAGCGAUCUUCAGCUGCAAUCACGGCAAUGGCUUGGCGUGCUUGGAGAGUCGGCAGUGCUACAGCGAUCCUAACACAGGGGAGGUCGCCAUGGAAGGACCCAUGUGUGGAAGCUGCAGACCAGGCUUUGCCAAGCCGACUGGGAAACCUUUGGACCUCUGUCGGAAGUGUGGCUCCAGGACGGCGAACGUGGUGGGCGUCAGCCUGCAGCUUCUCACUGUGGUGGGAAUGGCCUCCUUUCUGAUGAUCGUGAACGCCUUGUCGGACUAUAGCAAGCCCAAAAACAUCUUGUCCAUCAUCUUGAAGCAAUUCUUCAAUUACAUCCAGAUGGCCUUUGCAGUGCUCUCCACAGGCGGAGACCAUGGGCUGUACGGAGGUCUCAGCUUGGUCCAAGCUUUCGACCUUGGGCAGGACUACCUGGGGCUGAACUCGGCUGCCUGGGUCCCAGAGGCGAGCGCCUGCCUCAUCCAGGACCUCUUUCCCAGCUGGGAGAUCCACAAGGUCUACACGGUGAUCGGCCUGGCGUGGUUUCCGGGCACCGCCCUUGUUUCAAUGCUGGUCUACCUCUUUGUGAAACUCGUGAGGAGACUUCUGAAGAAGUCGGACAUCGAUACGCGCCACCUGAAGACGUGGAUGAUGGCGGGGUUGGUGCGACGGCUUCUUCCGGGACGGCGAGUCGACGUCACCGGCUCGGUGCGACUCUUCGGUCUUCGGACGCUUGUGGAUCGGAAGAUCAACUUCUUCCUCUACGUCCCACGGGUGAACCGGCUCUUGAUGGUGAACUUCAAAUGCCAACAAUACGACACCUCCAGGUUGACAUUGAAUCCACAAGUGCUUUGCUGGAGCAAUGACCAUGCAGUUUGGCAGACGAUCAGCUGGGGAGGCGUUCUGGUCUUCUCAUGCGGUGGCCCGCUCUUCCUCUACCUGAUCCUCAGGAGACUGCAGAAGAAUCAGCUUCUGAGUAGCUGGAGAUCCCUCAGAACCUAUGGUUUCCUCUUCGCUGGCUUUGAGCCAGACUUCUACUAUUUCGAAUGCAUCUACAUGUUUCGAAAGAUUUGCUUUGAGCUGGUGAUGACGAUCCCUGGCAUGACCUCUGAGGAUGAGGCGAUUCUCGGUCGCAUCAACAACAGCAGCGUGGCGUUUGUGGCGUCGAUCUUUUUCGCGCUGCACAUGGCUUGCCAGCCCUAUGACAACAGGGAUUAUUUCAUCUUGGAUCGCAUUGAGACGGCCUCGUUGCGAGCCAUUCUGGUGACGGCUUUCUUGCAGCUUUGGUGUUUGGACACGAAUGAGGCAGAUGGUAUCAAGCACAAUGAAUGGCUUCGCCAAGGGCGGAAUUUAGUCGGUACCGUUGUCAUACUCCUCUUUCAUCUCCGCUUCUACUGGCUCUUUUUCUACGGCAUGGCCCGGCGCCGGGUGCAGCAGUGCAUGGCGGCGUGUCGAGGCCGAACUUGGGCACAUGGCACCUGCGUUUUUGUGCCGGAUGGGAUCCAGCUGCGGAAUCUCAACGAAAAAGAGGAGCAGCUCCUGAGUUCCAUGAUCGCUCAGAUCUUCGAGACGCACGUCCAAGUGAAGGGCAAGAUCGCCUAUGACAACUGGGCUGGCAGCUUGCAGGCCUUGUGUUUGGAAGCCAAGCGCGGCAGCAUUGGGGCCGAGCUCGUGGCCCUGGACCGGGUGGGGCACACUCUUCGUUCCUGGCGAGAGAUCGGACGCAAGCUCUUCCGAGGGAGCCGGGCGGGCGCCAUUUGCGAGAGGUUCUUCGACUGGCUCGAGGACUGUAACGGUGUGGUGUCAAACGCGGGUUCAAGUUAUGAAAAGCUCAAGAGGCAGAAGGACAGAGACAUGGAGGAGCUGCAGAUUUUUGGCGCCGACUCCCUCAACAAGAUCUUGAACUCUGAGUUCCGCGUGGAGGAGUUGCAGGAUGCCAUGCUGACGCUUGGUAAGAGCAUUUGUGACAACAAGCGAAUACCUGGCCUGGGCUUGAGUGGUAGCAAGGAGGAUAAGACCUCGUUCUCGCAAGCCAUGGAAUUCUAUGUGGGGCCUCUGGCCCUUGAUGACAACAUUGCCCUGGCGCUCGAGGAACGGACCCGAAUCAACGAAGUGGAGGAGCUCCGGAAGGAGGUGAAUGAGAGGCAUCAUGAAUGCAUGGAGCUGCGGCGGCAGCUCCUCUCCCUUUGCAAGUCCAAAGCCUCCCUGCCUUCCCCGCGACAGUCCCUCCGCUCGGAGGUCAGCGUGCAGAUUGAGCAGGAGAGCGUGAGCUCUGACAGGGCAAGUGAGACUGUGACCAAGCUCUGGCAGACGAUCCGGGAGAACGAGGAGUUGACGGCCAAGCUCCAAACGCUGGGCCAGGCCUGGAACGAGGCAGUGGCAGAGCGAGAUGGUUUCAAGGCAGAUUGCCAACAGCUUCAAGCGGCUUUAGAGAAGGAGGAAGAGAGGAAAAGCGAGGCACAGGCGACCGUUGCAGAGCAGCAGUCAAAGCUCUCGUGCUUGGAGGAUCAGCUCAAGAGGAUCUAUACCGUCCGAGCCGCAUGUUGGAGCUGUGGCGCCAAAAUGCCGGAGGGUGCUCUGUAUUGCUUCAAGUGUGGCAAGGAUUUGGACGGCGAGUGACGGCGGCCCCGAUCCAAGGCUCUGGCGAUCCUCUGGAAAAAUCCGUGACGGUGAUGGCGAUGUCCGUCAGAAUGGUUCGUCGAUGGCGAGGUGUCUGAGUGGAGUUCUGGGGUGUCCCUCAGUUCCCCACACGACUGAGUUUCUCGAGUUUCUUCCCUCAGUUAGGGUUAAGAGUUCUCCGAAAUGGUUCGUG